AUGACAAUUUGGCGCUUUAUAAUUUGCUUUAUUCGCAGAAUACAUUGUUUAAAAACUAUUUUGUAAAGUGCUAUUCAAUUUUAGAUAUUAAAAUAAUUUGGAAAAUUAAUUAUGUCACAGGAAUAUGACGUUUUUGCUGAAUUAUACGACAAUGACAAUGAUGAAAAAGCCAAAUUUCUGGAAAAACUUAAAACCCGUAAUGUGGAUACAUUAAGCACUGACGGUUCAGAUGAAGACGAUUUUCUGCCACCAUCUUUACAGAGCAGAGGAAGAGGUCGGGGUAAAAAGGGAAAGCCACCACCAGCGGAAUCAGAUAAGCUACCCAACGAAAUUUCUGAGCCUAAGAAAACUAGAAAAUCUCAUUCGCAACCAUCCGAAACUUCAGUGCAACAUACGACUAGUAAACUAUAUACGCAACUACUCGAGCCUGCGCCUGUUGGCAAUAGUCGCACAACACGCAGUAGAUCUGCUGUAGCACCGCAGCCAACAACUUCAAUAGACACAACGUCCAACACGACAACCGCUCCAACUAGAGGAAGAAAGAGUCGUCGCGGCGGAACGAAUAGAAGUGCUGUUAAUGAACCAGAUAUUGUAGAACCGAGCCAUACAAUGUCUUUGGCUGAUUCUCUCGGUGUAAUGGCUGCCAUGAUGAGAGGACAGCAGACUAGACGUAGUGUUAUGCGCGCACGUCGAAAUUACUUCGCAGAAAUUGCUGCUCGUUCCACAAAUGUCGAUUACGUCGAUUUGGUCUCCAGUCCAUUACCGCGCAUUGAAGGCGUUAUUGCGGUUGACUCUGAUGGAGAGGAUAAUGAUGUUGACGUUACUAGUAUAGAAACGCCUAAUACAUCCUUUGUUCCUGCACUAGAAUGUUCCUUUGAUGAAGAUAAUCCAGAGAUUUCGGUGAAAAUAAAAUGGGAUAGUGGCGCACCGGAAAUUUUUAAACUACGCAAAUAUCAAAAAUUCCACGAUAUAUUUAGUAAAAUUGCAGAACGCGAAAAUACACCCGUCGACAAACUAGUGUUCAAUAUUGAUAAUCGUAUUAUAGCGCCCAGUGAUACGCCUGCGAGCAUAAACUACAAGGUUUACGAAUUUAUUAGCGGACGUGCAUUAACACAUCUCUUCGAGGCCGGUGCUACCAGAAAAAAACGUGAUGCCAAUGUUAUUACGCUGAAAAUUCAAUCGGAUUUGUGGCCGAGGAAGCCAUUACAUGUGGAACUUAGUAAAACCGAUAAAUUAAAAAUUUUGUAUAUUAAAUGUGCGGAAGAAUUGAAAAAAUCUCCGGAGGAUUUUGUGUUAAGCUUCAAUGGCGAUCACUUAGGCUUAAAUGACACACCUGAAGACUUCGAAUUCGAAGGCGAUGAAGCUGUCGAUUUGCGCGUAAAAAAGAAGUGAUGAUAUACAUCCGUUAGCGUAGUGUUUAAAAUUUAAUAGUUUUAUAUGCGAAAUUUUUAUAUUCAUUUUGUAUGUGCUUUAGCGUAGUGACUUCUGACAAAGUAUUUUUUUUGUUUGUUUUUUUCUGUAGUUUUAGAAUUCGAUUUUAGUUUUGUUUAUUUCGAAAAUUAAGUUGUUGUAUAAAUCAUAUGUAUGUAUUAAAUUGCGCACUAGAAGAGGCGAACAAAGCGAAAAAAGUUUAUGAUUUGUUGUACAAAAUUGAAAAUUAAAAUGUUAUUAACUUAAA